AUGGAGGCCAAGAACCGAUGGCUAAGCGAGGAGUGGCAGCCCAUGUUCCAACAGCGAAAGCAAGAAGUUCAAGCACAAAGGCUUGACGCUGAAGAAAGAGUCAGGCGCGAGAAGGCAGCCGAAGAAGAUCGGAAGAACUAUGAAUGUGGAGGGAUGGAAGCAGAAGAUGCAGCCACCAUUUGCCCAGCGAUGUUUUUGUUUUCAUUUGGCUCCGUGAGGGUUCGCCAGAGGGAGGCGUUCCUGUCGGCGGAGUGCGAGCGCUUAGCGAAGAGGGCCCAGACGCCCCGAGUGCAAGAGGCCAUCGAGAAGAAGAUUGAAUUGGUUUUGGAGAUGCGGGGCCUUGAGAUCCGCUGGAAGCAAAACCUGGAGAAGCGCCGUUUGGAAGAACAACAGGCCUUGCUAGCACUGCAGGAAGAGCGUAAGGAGCGGGACUACCGUGAGUGGCGCUCAGAGGUGCAGGAGGAGCGCUUGCGACGAAGACGGCUGAUUGCACGGGAGGAAGCACAGGAGAAAGAGCUCCUGGAAUGGAAGACGCUGGAACUUUUGGGACGUGAUGUGCUGAGGGAGGAGGAGUUGAAGAAAAAGGCUGCUGUGGAGGCUGCAUUCCAAAAGUCCAGUGUGCAACGACGGCAGCUGGAGGAGCAAGGCAUUUUGCCCUCACGGGUCUUGCAAGAAGCGAAGGUCCUGGCUGAAGAGCAGCGGAAGACCAUGGAGCAGGUGGGCCCAAAGCAAGCGGAGCAAGAACUUUGGGAUGCCCUGAUGGCCAAGAACCGCUGGGCUCGCACGCAACAGAUGGGCUCCACACACCCCACGAGUCGCGAAGUGUCCCGCUGGGGCUUCUUUGCAGAGAAGGCUCCAUACGAAUUCCAUGGCACUGAGAUGGGGGGAAAUCCGGUUUCGAAGGGCUUUGCGCGGGGCCCUUUGCCCCGUCAGUUGCGGCCAGGCGUCGGCAAAGAGGAGGCCACAAUCCCUGCCGCUGUGCAAGAAGAGCUGAAUCGCAUGGAGACGGAGUUCAAACACCAGCUCAACGAGCUGGAGGAGACCUGCCGGCAACUGCGGCCAUCGGAGGGGGACCAGUUGGAGGAGCCCGAGGAUGCAACGCCCGGCGGUGGUGCUAUGCCAUCGCUGGUGGUGGUGAGUGCACCCGCUGCGGCGACCACAGCUGAAUCGUCACUGGUGGAGCGAUUCCAAGCGCUUGAGGGAAAAGUGGUUUCAUUGAGCCAGUCUGUCGAGGCCUUGGCUGAAAGCCUGGACUUCCACGAGGAGCAUCCAAUCAGCUUCGACCCGACCAUCAGCCCCACCGACCCAUCGGCGGCUCCGCAUGACGGAGCCACAGCCGUGGAGCAUGCGGAUGCAGCGACCUCACCCAUGGCCGGGUCCAAGGAGGUGCCUGCCUCCAGACCUACCUCCCGCUCAGAAGGCUUGAAGACUCUAGCUUCCUCCCUGGAUGCACUCACGUGCCGCGUCAGCGCCUUGGAGGUCAUGAUGGGUGCUGAAAGGAGGUUGAUGCCGGCUACGAAUGUGCAAACAUCAGUGCCAUCAGAUGAGGUGCCUUCAGCGCCCUCCAUGCCUUCGGCAGAUGCACAGGUCGCAGCACCAUCAGACCAAGUGCCUUCAGCACCUGCCAUGCCUUCGGCAGAUGUACAGGUUCCAGCGUCAGCAGACCAGGUGCCUUCAGCACCUGCCAUGCCUUCGGCAGAUGUACAGGUUCCAGCGCCAGCAGACCAGGUGCCUUCAGCACCUGCCAUGCCUUCGUCAGAUGCACAGGUUCCAGUGCCAGCAGACCAGGCGCCUUCUGCACCCUCCAUGCCAUCGGCAGAUGCGCAGGUCCUAGCGCCGGGGGUUGACCAAGCACCUGUUGAGCCUGACAACCCAAGAGACGAGCUUCGGCCAUCGAAGACCCCACCGGAGCGGCCAGUGGUGCCACGCCUGGUGGGGCUCAGGGAGGUUCAAGAGUGUGUGGAGGAAAGCCAUGAUUUGGAAGAGAAGCUAUCGUUCUUAGAGUUUCACAGCCGGAGCCCAGAGCAAAGCAGCAUCUUGAAUGAAAUUGUGCAGGACGUCCGCCUUUGCCUGAAGCGUUGCGAGCUGAUUUUGCAGCUCCCAGAGAUCAAAGCCUUUAUCAAGAAGUUUCAGUCGUCCCUGCAGGUCAAUGCCGUGUUGCACGACAGUUGGCUGGGCCCUACGAAGAGCCGCCUCUUCGAGGACGAGGAGGCGCCCAAGAUUGAGCCAUGCAAAUCCACGGGUGAUCUCACUUCUGUGGCGGCGGACCCCUUCCACGCGCGCCCAGCUGUGAAGCGUGGAGAAUUCAACAAGCGCCCCUUCCGCACGGUCAAUGAUUGGGCUCGGCCCCACACGCCCCUCACGUUAGACCCUCGGGGCAAAGCUCCCCCCAGCCUGCCAGAGAUUCCGCGGUGA